AUGCCGGGAACUCUCAAGGAAGAUGGGAAUGAGACUAUUGGGGAUAUGAUAGAUUUAGGGAAAACGAUUGACGACGUGCUGCCCGCAAUGGAAAACUCGGAAACACAGUGUGAGGGGGCCUUCACGUGGCAUAUUUCGGACUGGACGAAUCUUACACAGGAUAAGCACGCGUCACCAAGAUAUAGAAUAGGAGAAUAUGAGUGGAAUGUGCUUCUUUUCCCGCGCGGUAACCAGAAUAGGGGUGUUUCGUUGUAUUUGGAGCCACAUCCGGAAGAGACCUAUAACGAAAAGACCGGAGAACUGGAACCCGGAGACCCAGAUUGGAGUGUAUGUGCGCAAUUUGCCAUUGGGAUAUCGAGACCUGGGGAGGAUAAGAAGGCCCAGCUUUUUAACGUUUCGCACCAUAGGUUUUGUGCCACCGACACCGACUGGGGUUUUGCAAAUUUUAUAGAUCUCGAGAGUCUGAAAUAUCGCACAUCUUCCAAAUCUUCAGGGUUUGUCAGCGACAACAAACUCAACAUAUCGGUUUUCGUUCGCAUAUUAAAGGAUCCAACGGGUGUUUUAUGGCACAAUUUUUUGAAUUAUGAUUCCAAAAAACUUACUGGGUAUGUGGGCUUCAAGAAUCAGGGCGCCACAUGCUACUUGAAUUCUCUGUUACAGUCCUACUUUUUCACCAAAGUUUUUAGGAAAGUGGUUUACCAAAUUCCGACAGAAAACGAGUCUCCAAACGAUAGUGUAUCGCUUGCGUUGCAGCGGGCUUUUUACCAGCUACAGAAGUCUGAGGAGCCCCUAGACACUUUGGAGCUAACACGCUCUUUCGGCUGGGACACCGGAGACGCAUUUACACAACACGAUGUUCAGGAGCUCAAUCGUAUUUUGAUGGAUAGACUUGAAAACAAGAUGAAGGGCACAGCGGUUGAAGGAACAUUGAAUGAGCUUUUUGUUGGCAAAAUGAAGAGUUACAUCAAAUGUAUUAAUGUCCCUUAUGAGUCCGCAAGAGUAGAAGAGUUUUGGGAUAUCCAACUAAAUGUCAAGAACCUCAAAGGGCUGAAGGAGUCUUUCGAAAAUUACGUAGAGGUCGAGAUAAUGGAUGGGGAAAACCAAUAUGCGGCUCAGAAUUUCGGGCUUCAAGAUGCCAAAAAGGGGGUGGUAUUUGAGUACCUUCCACCGGUCUUGCAUCUUCAGUUAAAGCGGUUCGAGUACGACUUCAAUUAUGACCAACUUGUCAAAAUCAAUGACAGGUAUGAAUUUCCGGAGUCGAUAGAUCUCGCACCCUAUGUUGAUCCUGAGAUUGAGAAGGCCAGUCCUGAUAAAUACAUUUACAACUUGCAUUGCGUCUUGGUGCAUUCCGGUGAUAUUUCAACGGGCCACUAUUAUGCAAUGAUUAAGCCUAAUUUGGACGAUCAAUGGUACAGAUUUGACGAUGACAAGGUCUGGAAGGUGCUGAACUAUCAAGCUUUUGAUGAAAACUUCGGUCAUGGCCGGCUUCCUGAUGAGGAACUAAAAAAAAUGACGAGAGAACAAUAUCAGAACUACCUCAUUGCCAGGCAAACCAGUGCUUACAUGUUGGUGUAUAUCAGGCAAGAUAUGGAGAGUAAAGUUCUGGAAACUGUCACCGACGGGGAGGUUCCUCAUCACAUUGUCUCAAACGUUGAAAGAGAAUUGAAAGAGAGGGAGGAGAGAAGAAAAGAGCUUCAAGAAAUGCAUCUUUACAUGACAAUUCGAGUGCACUCGUUGUCGAACUUCAUAAACUAUCAAGGGUUUGAUCUUUCACCAAAUGAGCGAUCUAAAAUUUAUAAUUCAGAACUGCAUGGCGAAAAUGAAUAUUCCCUGUCGUUGCGUGUCAUGAAAAGUUCCUCUCUUAAAGAUGUCAAAGACGAAGUUGUUGAGAAGUUAGGUCUUCCCGAUACCAAGCAAGUCAAUUUUUGGAUAAUGAGCUAUAGGAAGAACUACACAUUAAGAGUGGACUCUAUCUUGAACGGGGAGCUGGAUGACCUACCUUUGGAAGAAGCCAUACAACAAAUGUCUAUCCCUCGUUCAAGUAGUGUUGAUAUUUUCAUCGAGGAACCUUAUUUGGAGAUCAAUUAUUUGCAAACAUUGAAACUAGCAGAUCAGCAGGUCUUUCCGCUCACUACUCAAGCCAUUUCUAGCUUGCGUAAGUUGGCGCGCGAUGGAAAUCUUCCCCAUUUCGAAAAAUACUUAAGGCCUGUAUCGGAAGAAUCCGACAGAAUACUGUUGUUCUUGAAAUCUUUCGACGUAAGCCAACAACGUCUCAGCGGCUUUGCACAUGUUUUGGUUCACCAAGAUGAUAAUAUAUCGUUAUUGGCUGGUCAAAUUGCGAGUCUGACCGGCCAAGAAAAAUCUACCGUCUCUUUUUAUGAAGAGUUUCAGCCGGAUGUCAUCGAAAAAGUAGAGGAUGACAAGGACUUUAUCCUCGCCGAGUUGGUUGACGGCGACAUUUUAACCUUCUCGGACAACCAGUCAGACGGUUGCACAAAGUUUCCAUAUUACGAGUCGUUGACGAAGUAUUAUGAGUUUUUGAGAUACCGUAUAAAGUUAAAACUUUCCAGGGUUGAUAGCGUUGAGGAAGAGUACGCAGUCAAGAAGAAGGAAGGAGAUCUAGAGAGUUUCGAAGUUUGGAUAUCGGCGAGGGCUUCUUAUCAGGAGCUAGCCAGCUUGGCAUCUUCUCACCUCGCGGUAAAGCCAUCUCACUUAAAGAUUUUCGUGGUGUACGCUAAUGGGCGCUUCGCUCUCAAGUGGGAUUCCAAGAUUCAGGACUACUUACUGAAAAACUUCACUCUUGAUUCAAUACCCCCCUUGGAAUUUGAAGUUUUGUCGAUUCCUCUUCAAGAUUUGGAGCAAUUGCGAUCGAUUAAGUUCUAUUGGUUGAACGACAGUUACAUUCACUUCCAAUCGCUUGAGUUUAGAGUCGCGGACUCUUGUUCCAUCAAAGAAUUUCUUGACAGGCUGCAAGCAAGGGUGGGUUUUACCGACGAACAGAAGGCCCAGACUUUGUUGUGGACAAACAGUGAUUUUAAGUUCCAAGGCAUUUUGACUGAAGAGAAUGUGUUUGAAGAGCUUGCAGAUUCUUAUCUUUUUUUCGGAAGAGUGUUGCCAGAUGAGCUUUCGCUUGUUCAACAGCUUGAAGCGGCCACUCUGAACAGCGAAGACGCUAUGGAUGACCUUGAAGACGAGGAUGAGGAAGAUCUGAGCAUCGUCAAGCCUCAGGGUAAGCAAAAGAAUGGCCGUCUCGUAAUUGUUAUCCAAUACUUCCGAGAACUGGAGAAUCGGCAUGGAGUCUCAUUUCUUUUCAAUUUGAUUCCAGGAGAGAAUUUCCUUAAAACCCGUGACCGCUUGCAUUCCAAGUUUGGUUUGGGGAGUAAGGAGUUCUCUAAAAUCAAAUUAGGCAUUGCAGUUUCCGCAGACGGUGGUUUGUCCUAUAAAAAUCUCCAUGGAUUUUCGGAAGAAGAGCUAAGCAAUGUUGUGCUGUUUGAUAUGAUGAACAAUCUCGAUUACAUAUGUAUGGAUCAUCCUGACCGCACCAGAAGCCAAACUUAUCACGAUAGACCUAUGGUUAUUAAAAGCUAA